AUGAGUUCACGCUUCAUCAAGAAUGCCUCUCUCGUUUCGAUGACACUUCUAGGCUCGGGAUUGGUAGCGACCAUCUACAUGCAAAAUAAGAGAUUUUCUCAAUAUUCUCAAUAUUCUCAUAGUGAAGAAUCAAUGCGAGAGGCUCUUUCCGAUUCGGAAUGGAGAAGCUAUGCUUUGGGACAAGUGGUUCCUUUGAAUGCGGAUUCUAAAUUAUUUAGAUUUGUGUUGGCAAAGAAUGGAGAGGCUUUGAAAUUGAAUUUUAAUUCCAUAGCAUCUAUCAAAUUGAAGAAUCAACAAGAAAAUUCUGAUGAGGACGCUUGUGUUGAGUUGUAUCCAAUUAAUUCAGAAAAUAAUGUUGGAUUUAUGGAUGUGGUAAUUAAUAUGGAGGAACAACCUGAGCUAUUUAAAUCUAAAGCAGGAAUGUUAUUCAAUAUCAAGGGACCCUUUCAGUCGAAUUUUAAUGUCGGAGAAUUCAUGUCCAACACUUCAACUUCCUCUGAUAAUUCCACAAUUUCAAUUCUAGCUCAAGAUGUGGAACAUGGAGUGGCCCCAUCAUUACAACUUGUGUAUAAAUUACUGAUUCAAGAGAACCAAAAUACAAGUUCAAACAACCGAAAAGUCAUCACUCCCUCAACAACAAAGCCUCCUAAAAUUCAUCUCUUUUAUAUCGUCUCGAACAACAACAAGGAUUAUCUUUUAAAACAGAGUUUACAAGAUUUGAAAACCUCCUUUUCUGGAAGAAUUGAACUGACAACCAUUUCGGACAAUUUCAAGAAUUCGACAAGACAGCCCUCUGCAGAAUUAUUCGAUGCUUUGCGAGUGGUGAAAUCCAAUGCUUCACAUGGACCUGUCCUUAUUUGUGGUUCAAAAGAUUUUGAAAAGGUUUUGAGUUCUCAAUUAUGGGAACAAUAUCAAGUGAAAUCCAUUGCAUUGCAUGAUCGAGAGAAGGAGGAAGGUUCAUGA